AUUAUUGAGCAGACAAUAUAUAAUUGACAAAUUUAGACAUAUGAGCAGUUAAAGCAAGUUUGACAGGGCAGGUCCAAUUGAGCCAAGAUGGCGGACUUUGAGGAACAGCUUACCGACGAGGAGAAGGUCCGCAUUGCUGCAAAUUUUGUCAUCCAUGCUCCCCCUGGAGAGUUCAACGAAGUCUUCAAUGAUGUGCGGCUACUGCUCAAUAAUGACAAUCUGCUCAGGGAAGGGGCGGCUCAUGCUUUUGCCCAGUACAAUAUGGAUCAGUUCACACCUGCUAAACUUGAUGGAAGUGAAGAUCAGGUUUUGAUCACAGAGCAUGGAGACCUUGGCCACGGCCGAUUCUUUGACCCUCGUAAGAAACAGUCAUUCAAGUUUGACCACCUGAGGAAAGAGGCGACUGACCCGCAGUCUUAUGAGGGUGAAGCAGCCCUCAGGCCGUGGAGGGAUGCUUGUGAUGAAGCUCUGAGGGCGUAUGUUAAAGACCAUUACCCCACUGGAGUCUGCACUGUUUAUGGGAAAACCAUUGAUGGACAGCAAACCAUCAUCGCCUGUAUCGAGGGUCAUCAGUUUCAGCCCAAAAAUUUCUGGAACGGGCGCUGCCGAUCGGAAUGGAAGUUCAGCAUUUCUCAGCCCACUGCUCAGGUGGUGGGAGUGCUGAAGAUCCAGGUUCAUUAUUAUGAGGAUGGCAAUGUGCAGCUGGUCAGCCACAAGGAUGUGCAAGAGUCUCUGGUCAUCUCUAAUGAGGUACAGACUGCCAAGGAAUUUGUCAAAAUCAUUGAAAAUGCUGAGAAUGAUUACCAGACGGCCAUCAGUGAGAACUACCAGACCAUGUCUGACACCACCUUCAAGGCCUUACGUCGGCAGCUUCCCGUCACCCGUACCAAGAUUGACUGGAACAAGAUCCUCAGCUACAAGAUUGGCAAAGAGAUGCAAAACGCUUAGACACACGGCAUGCCUCCGCUCCUGCUCGCGUUACAAGCAAAGAGACAAGCUACGAGGGGCCCAUAUCUAAACCUGAACCUACACCUGAAUCAAGGGCAGGGCCAAGGCGAGAAGGUCCUUCGAGAAGUGUGCUAAAAAUGUGUCUGUCCUUUUUUUUUUCGUUUGUUUGUUUUCCAGAAGCCACGGUUUGACCUCAGCUGAAGAGACUGCCUCCUUUUCUGUAUUGUAGGAGGGCUGCAAGCUUGUUUUAAUGGGUUUAGCAAACGUUUUUGCUGUUGAACAAAUACCUCCCAUGACACCAGUGUACACAGUCACAAAUAACCCCCCCAAUAUCACUUGCGCCGCCCCCUAGAUCAACUCUCCCAAUGCUUGACACGCACCGAACUUUUUGCACUUGGCCCAUAUGAUCAAUUGAGUCCGUUUAGUUUACUUUUUUUUAGCAAGUCGACACUCCAAAGUUUUCCUUCAUGUUUAGUCAUUGGAUAUCAUUUAACCAUACGUAGCCCUGGCUGGUUAUAAAGAAUAUCUUUACACCAGUUACGCAUCACCGUGUUGUUUUCCAUCAUAAUAUUUGGUCUUUUUUUAAAGCAUUGUUGUAAGGUGCCAUCAUUUGAAUGUGCUGUCAAUUGAUCACAGAGAGGGUUGUGCCAAAGUGAGCAUUGUAUUUGUACAGUAAGUCAUUUCAGGUUACUGUUCUGUGUGGAAAUGGUCCCAUCGUCGUGCUCUGGUGUCUAAGAAUGGUAUAUAUAUACUGUAUGCAGUUACACAAAAUAUUUGUUACCCCUCACUUCAGCCUCCUACCCUAGCUUUUAUUGCUAACUAUUUUUUACAAAAUGUAAGAACAAAUAUGAUCCCAGAGGAAUAAAUGAUUUGCACCAAA